CAGCUCUCACGCUAGUCCCCACCUGGCAUUAUGUGAUAACCCGACCAUUUGUAAUCAACAAUCAUAUCCAAAGUAGUUAGGUGUAGAUUAGGUACUUAGGUGUAAGGUAUAUCCCAGCAGCCAGGAUACUGGCAGCCGGCAAGUAGAACAAAGCUUGCACAGACAUACACACAGUCAACAAAAAUCACAAGCAUCCGCCAGAGCCAGAGCCAGAAACACCAGAACUCCCCACCGCCUUGCCCGUCCAAACGCCCGUAUCCAACGCCCGUAUCCAGAUGAACAAGUUCCAACACGUGAACAAAAAUGUCCCCUGAGCAAAACGCCCUCAGUGAUCGAUCGCUAGCCAAGUCCCAAACACAGUAUUCAAAAACCAAGGGCCUCCAAGAAAUCACGGCACCUGUUGCCUCGACUCUCGCCAGUUGUCUCCAGUCAGGGUGGGUCAAUCAGCCGACCCGACCGACCCUUGACCGUCUUAUAGCUUCCAUCAUCCAUCGGACGCAGUCUGUUCCCGGUGCUAUCCCCAGGUACCCCAAAACUCCAACCCCCACCCCCCACCCCGAGGAAAGAGUCAGCGAAAGAGAAGAACUUCACCCCGCCAAAACCUCCUCAAUCCCCUCAAACGCCACCACGCCUCCUCCUCCCCUGCCACUGCCCCUGCCAAUCAUCCCGAUCCCGCCCGCCGCAACCGUGCAAGGCAAAGGCACCGGUCUCGGCUCCAACAACCCCAACCCCGCCCGCUCCGCCGCAUCGCCCGCCGCGCGGCCCUGUUCCUCGAGGACCUCCUUCUCGGCUUUCGACAGGAUUCGGGGUCGGAAUUGCUGGUGCUGGUGCUGCAGCUGCAGCUGCAGCUGUCGCGCUCGAGGAGUCUGCUGCUGGUUUAGCGGCAGGGAAAGCGACGGCGACGGCGACGGCGAUCGGGAGAGCGAGAGCGAGAGCGCGGGGGAGAGGGAGAGAGAAAGGAGCGAGAAUGCCGGGACGGGACUGUGCGGCUGCGUCUGCUCCUGCUCGUGCUCGUGCUGGCUCGCUGUCCUCGGCGCCGGGUUGAAGGGGACUAGAUGUGGACUGAGGGGCGGGGUGGUGAGGUCGGGUUGCUUGCUGGGUGGGUUCAAGUGGUAUUUGUAUUGCGGCUUGGUGAUGCUAGUGGUGGUUUCGGUCUUGGUGGUGGUGUUCCCCCCACUGCUGCUAGGGGAGGAAGGGAAGUGUAAGCGGUGGAAAGCGAAUGGGGGCGGGGAGGCGGUGGUAUACAGCGAGGCGUCGGAGGCGGAGGAGAUGGAUUCUGGGUUGGAGAUGGGGGAGGAGGUUGGACUGGUGGUGGUGGAGCUGAGCGGGGAGAUGGUGGGCGAGGUGGAGGGGGUGGGGAGGGUGGUUCUUUUCGUGGUUGGUUUGGGGGUGUGUUGGUGGUGGUGGUGGUGGUGGUACGGGUAUUGCGAUGAGGAGGGCGGAGGGAGCGCGAAGGUGGUGUGCAGGUGGAGGCCGGGGGUUUGUUGGGUUUCGUUGGGGGCGGACAUGAUUGUGGUCGUGGUCGAGGUGAGGGGGGAUAUAUGGAUAUAUGGGAUGAGUGGUAUUGGAUUGAGAUGGAGGGAGGAGUCAGGUAGUAAGUAGUGAGUGAAAGAAGGAGAGUCGGAGUAGAUGGCAGUAAUGGCAGUAAUGGUUGUAGUGGUUGUAGUAAUGAUGAUGAUGGAAAAAGAGUGAGCAAGUCACACAAGUAGACUCAGACUUAGUCUCAGUCUGAUGGAUCCCGUGUGAUGAAUCGAGGGUGAGGAUGCGGACGAGGAUGAUAGAUCAACUUCAAUCUAGUAGUGUAGUAGUUAGAAGUCAGACUCGGAACGAAAAGCCCUCAUCGCAAUACGAGGACACAGAGAAUAACUCCAGGUGAUGAUGACAACAUCCAAGACCAGGACCAGGACCAGGAAAGGGCCGAUCCAUCCAUCAUAACUUAUAGUUAAG